AUGAAUCGAGCCACGAGGUCCACUAUAACCUAUUUAUUCCCGAUGAAGAAGAAGGAAAGAUUUGAGACCCUGCAAAAGUUGUUGGAGGUUGACGAAACCCAAUGGCAUAUGGCUAGGCCACAACGAGUGAUUGCCAAGAAGAAAAAGGAAUCGAAAAGCUGUCAAAGGAUAAUGACACCAAUAGAUGAUCCUUGCCAUCAAGUGGAGGUUCCUUCGUCAGUUAUGCAGCGAGCUGAAGCAGUUCAAGAGAAUCUUGACGCCAAGUUUCCCAGUUUUAUCAAGCCAAUGAUCCGAUCCAACGUGACAAAAGGUUUCUGGCUGUCUCUGCCAAAGAUAUUCUGCCAUCUCCAUUUGCCAAGUCAGGAUGCAACAAUUAUUCUGGAAGAUGAGCAUCUUAGACAGUACAGCACAAAAUAUCUUGUAGCAAGGAGGGGACUUAGUGCUGGAUGGAAAGGGUUUUCAAUCGCGCAAAACUUAGUAGAGGGAGAUGUUCUAGUUUUUCAUAUGGUUAAACGCUACAAAAUAAAGGUGUAUAUAAUAAGAUCCAGUUUAUUGAACGAAGUGGAUGCAGCUCUUUCGCUGGUGUGCUUAGACACUGACACAAAAUCAAUGGAUUCAGGACAUACAAGGACUCAUUGCAGAGCUAUGGAACCAACUGGAGAGAAGAGAAUCACUUCAGCUCCGCGGAACAUUGCUAAUAUUUAUAAGGCUAUGCCGGAUGACCAUAUUGUACAAGAGAUUGAUCAAUCUGAGAAGCUAGGCUUGGACCUUCAACUCGCUUUGAAUGAUAUCAUCUCUAAAACACGCAGUAUAGCCACUGCAGUUGAAGCAAGCAUUCUCAUUCCCUUUUCAAAUGAUUCUGCGCUGUGCAACGAGCAGAUGAUAAAUUGUAAAGAAAUGCUUUGCAAUCUUAGCAAAAUACGUUCUCAGCUGGACCGGCUAUUAUCCCUGGUUCUUGAACCCAGACCCUUUUAUUGUAAUGGUUAUAGAGAUGUAUCGUACUUGCGAAUUCGAGACAGAGGUACUGCCGAAGUAGAUAUUGUGGUACUGAAGGAAACUGUAGAGAGGCUUAUUUCUAAGGUUGAGCUACAUAAGAUAAAUGCUGAGAUGCUUGAGCUCAAACUUUAG